AUGCUCCCCUCUAGCCCCCUUGCUCCUCCCUCUCCCCCCAUGCUCCUCUCUCACCCCCCAUGCCUCCCUCUCCCCCCAUGUCUCCCUCUCCCCCCAUGCUCCUCCACUCCCCCCAUGGUCCUCUCUAGCCCCCCUGCUCCUCUCUCACCCCCCAUGCUCCUCCCUCUUCCCCCAUGCUCCUCUCUCACCCCCCAUGCUCCUCCUCUCCCCCCAUGCUCCUCUCUAGCCCCCCUGCUCCUCUCUCACCCCCCAUGCUCCUCUCUAGCCCCUCUGCUCCUCUCUCACCCCCAUGCCUCCCUCUCCCCCCAUGCUCCCUCCCUCCUCAGUCUGAAAGACGCUCUUGACGGGACGUCCCAGCAGUGUGGCCUCUGUCCAGACUGUCCAUCAUCAUGA